AUGUCUAUUGUAACCCCUUUGUUAUUCGCCACAGUACAACCAAAUCUAUAUAGAGGUUCCUACCCACAUUCUAUAAAUUUCGAUUUUUUGAAAUCCUUAAAUUUAAAAUGUAUCAUCUCUUUAUUACCCAAUCCAAUCACCGAGGAUUUCGAUUAUGAAUUAUUCCAUUUUGCCAAACAAAAUAAUAUUCAAUUAAUACAUUUCUAUGUCAAUGUCAAAUUACCAAAUACAAUCAAAGAUAGACUCUACACACCUUCCAUACAAACCACCACUACAAAUGAUGAUUUAACAAUGACUGAUUCAUCUUUGAUUCUUAAAAAACAAAAAGAUAAAGAAAAAAAGAAAAAAGUGAAAAGAAAAUUAGCUCAAGUCCCCUUGGAUUACACCACAAUCAAUCAAAUCAUCACUUUUUUAUGUAACAAGAAAAAUUACCCAAUCUACCUACAUUGUACCAAUGGUGAAUUGAUUUGUUCCUUAGUGGUCGCUUGUCUAAGGAAAUUCACCUAUUGGAGUAACGUCUCUAUAUUAAAUGAAUUCUUGAUUUAUAAUUCAAGUAUCAAUAUUUAUGAACGGAGUUUUAUUGAAAAUUUCGAUACAAAUCCAAAUUCUGUUAUUGAUUGGAAUAAAUUUAAUAUACAAGAUAAAAUAGAUUGGUUAAAUAAACAAUAUUUGAAAAGAGAUAUAUGA